AUGCCACCCCCUCCAAUGGCUGCACUGAGGAAUCCCUACGUCUGCCUCAGUUGCAAGCUUCACAACCGGCAAAUACUCAGCACGUUCUCCCAAUUCUACCGCUCUUUCUCCAUAUCUCUUCAUCGGUUCUCAUCCACGUCCGCCGUAGUAAACACCGCACCCCGCCCACCCACAGCCCCGAAACCAACGCCGGACAUUAAACACAUCCGCGAAAAUGCCGCUCUCUACUCCCAAAACUGCAUUGACCGCAAUUACCAUGACCUUGCCCAAUAUCCGUACGAGAUCCAACGCCUCUCUGCAGAGUCCCACGAGCUACAAGUUGCCCUGCGAGAACCACAGCGCAAGAUCAAACAAAUAGAGUCCGCUAUCGCAAAACUCAGGAAGGACUCCUCUGACUCAUGCAAUGCAGAUCCAGUAGAGAAACAGAAACAAAAAACAAAAGUUGAAGAAGAACUGUCCACCCUCCGCCUCUCCGCGCAACAUCUCAAGGACCAAUCCCACCACCUAACAACAACCCGCGCAGCCCACGCCAAAGAGAUAGAACGUCUCGGCCUCUCUCUCCCAAACCUCACAAGCCCCGAAACACCACCAGGAGCCGAGCCCCGCGUCGUAAACUACAUAAACUACGACCCGAACUCACCUGCGAACUUACCCACCCACACCACCUCUCACGUCACCAUCGGUACAGCCCUCAAUCUACUAAACUUCGCCAGCGCCUCCCACGCCAGCGGCUGGGGCUGGUACUACCUGACCAACGAAGCUGCUCUGCUCGAACAAGCUCUAAUCCAAUACGCGCUCAGGGUCGCCUUGCGACGGGGUUGGCAAGCAGUCUCUCCGCCAUCCCUCGUCUACUCGCAUAUUGCGCAUGCGUGUGGAUUCCAACCGCGCGAUGCGCAUAAUGAGCAGCAAAUAUACCAUAUCGAGCAGAGUGAGAGAGAUGUAGCGCGCGGCAGGCCCGGGCGGUGUCUAGCGGGCACGGCGGAGAUUCCGCUUGCGGCGAUGUUUGCGGGGCAGGAGAUUGGAGGAAAGGGGAAGGAGAGCCAGUUGCCGAUGAAGAUGGUAGGGGUUAGUCGGUGUUUUAGGGCAGAAGCUGGCGCAAGAGGGGCGGAUACACGGGGUCUGUAUCGUGUUCAUGAAUUUACGAAGGUGGAGCUGUUUGGAUGGGCGAUGCCAGAUUCUGCUGGUGAAGGUACCACUCGCAAGGCUACGCCAGCAUCUAAUGGCAAGGGCGGGGGUGCAGCGGUAACAGCAACAACCCUCUUCGACGACAUCCUCGCGCUCCAAACUGAAAUCCUCACCGCGCUAAAUCUCCCGUGUCGCGUCCUAGAGAUGCCCGCACAUGACCUCGGAGCCAGCGCCGCCCGCAAGCAGGAUAUAGAGGUCCUGUUUCCUUCCCGGAUGGCCUCCUCGCACUCCUCCUCGCCCACCGAAAAUGCCACUAGCAAUGCGACCAGCAACAACGACAUUGACGUGGAAUCAGGUUGGGGCGAGGUGACCUCCGCCUCCAUCUGCACAGAUUACCAAACCAGACGGCUAGGGACAAGGCUUAAGUCUGACGCUGGUGAUGGUGGUGCUGGGAAGUUUCCGCAUACGGUGAACGGGACGGCGAUGGCAGUCCCGAGGAUUAUUGCGGCGUUGUUGGAGCACGGGUGGGAUGAGAAGAAGGGGGUUGUUGUGUUGCCAGAAGUUCUGAGAACGUGGAUGGGGGGAAUAGGGGUUAUAGGGGGCAAGGAGGAGAGUUAA